AACGAAAAAAAAUUAAAAAAAAAAAAACUAACAAGAGAGAAGAAGAGAGUCGGACCUCCCCAUUUGUGUAGCAGCGAUGGCGGUGUUGGUGGUGCCGACGAGAACACUCUCCCUUCGUCUUGCACUCCCGGAGCUUUCCCCUCGCGAGUGAUAUAUUUUAAGAAUGGAGUAGACUUUUUAAAUGCCAUGAAAGAAAAAAAAAAUAUGUAUAAUCAACCGUCAAUUCGUUCAUCGCAGUCCUGGCAUCCUUAUCAAUUAAAGAUUAACAAUCGACGAAAAAUGAGUUCGAGUACUUGUUAUAAAUGCCACCGAAUGGGUCACUUCGCGCGGGAAUGCCCCCAGGGACACAUUGCACGUAAUUGCACCGAAGGAGGCGGCAAAAUUUGCUACAUUUGUGGCAAAAGCGGUCACAUAAGCCGUGAAUGUGACCAAGAUGACAGGAAG